GGGACAAUGGAGAACAUCCUUCUAUGGGGCCCUAGACCAGGGUUGGGGUGGCGGAGAAGCUCUUGAUCAACGAUGAAUCGAUGAUGAACAAGGUCCUGGCAUGACAUUCCCUCUCGACAGCCGAGGAAUAUGACCAGCUACGACUGUCACGUUGGCGCUUGUGUUGGCAUUGGUGUUUGCCCGUGGUGCUGCGUAGCUGCAGCUGCACGCGCUUGUGGGACUGGAUGGUUGACUUUGGCCUCGGUGUAAGUCGACGGUGGCAGCUCUACUGCGUAAUGCUAACUAUGCUUUGCUUUGCGUGUGCUUGGCCGUCGCAGGCAAUGGCUGGGUUGUGGAGAUGGAUCCAAGGACGGCAUUGCUGGCCUCUCUCGGCGCGCCGUGCUGUGCGAGUGCGGUAUCAUGUCCUCCUUAGCUCGCCCAUCACGGUACGGAUACUUUCGUCUGCAUGCUUGAGGUUGCAACAGUCCUGUGGAGUGCGGAGAGAGAGAGAGAGAGAGGCCAGCCAGCAGCCGCAGAUCGCAGUGCAGCUCUUUGCUUUGCGUUGCGUUUGUGGUUGCUGCUGCAUCACCAGGCUUGGCCUGGCUUGCCAAACUGGGCUAAACGAAGAACAAAUCGAAGCUUGAGCCUCGGCAUCUGUUGAAGCUCGUGCGCCCCUCGCGUCUGUACUCUGCACCAGGACUCGUUUUGAGUAACCGAUUCGGGAGGGGUGGGCAGCAAAUGCGGGCUAAACAGUAAGACUCUGGAC